AUGCAUCCAAAAGCUUCGCUGCGUCUAGCUUUCUUCUUCCUCUUCAUCUCCACCAUUGCUGCCGCUGCUUGUCGUGCCUCCCCCAUCGCUGCUCGCCGCGCCUCCGUGGCGGUGCUCGCCCUGCCUUCGUCAUAUCGAAACUCGGACUCAUGCAGAGGCAAAACCCGAUCAUUCCUACGCGGAAUCGACGUUAAUCGGUUACCUUCGGCCGUGGACAUGAAAGAGGAAGCGAGAGUUUCGUCUCCGAACAACACCGUUUCGAGCGUGAGCGGAAAGCGAAGCGAGCGAGAACCCAACAGCAAAGAACACGACAUGAAUAGUGCCUGUUCCCGCGGAAUCAACGACGAAGAAGACCGCGAAACCUCAAGGAAAAAACUCAGACUCUCCAAAGACCAAUCAGUUAUUUUGGAAGAAAGUUUCAAAGAGCACAAUACCCUCAACCAU